CUUUCCCAUAUGCUAAGAUAUCAUCAUUCGCAAAUUCAUAAUAUGGCUUCCAAACCAGGCAUCCUUACAAACUGGCCUUGGGAACCUCUUGGGAGCUUCAAGUUCGUGAUUGUAAUCCCAUGGAUUGCUCAUAGCAUAUACACUUUCAUAUGGGGUGAAAGGGACCCAGUAUACUAUAUCAUAUUUCCUUUUGCAUUGGUCAGAAUGCUACACAAUCAAAUUUGGACUUCUGUCUCACGCUAUCAAACUGCUAAAGGCAAAAACAGAAUUGUUGACAAAGGCCUUGAAUUCGAACAAGUCGACAGAGAAACUCACUGGGAUGAUCAAAUGUUGUUCACUGUACUCGUAUAUUGUAUAGCAUACUUUAUAUUUCCUAUGGCUUCUAACUUACCAUGGUGGAGAAUAGAUGGUGUGAUUCUUACAGCAAUAUUGCAUGCUGGACCAGUCGAGUUUUUAUACUAUUGGCUUCAUAGAGCACUUCAUCAUCAUUAUCUAUACUCUCGUUAUCAUUCUCACCAUCAUUCUUCAAUUGUCACUGAGCCUAUCACUUCUGUCGCACACCCAUUUGCGGAGCAUUUGUCAUAUUUUACACUUUUUGCUAUCCCAAUGUUGACAACAUUGUUCAUCAAUAAAUCUUCCGUGGCUGCAUUGUAUGGUUAUAUAUUUUACAUUGAUUUCAUGAACAAUAUGGGUCAUUGCAACUUUGAGUUCUUUCCUAAGAAACUCCUCUCUUACUUUCCCAUUUUAAAGUAUCUCUCAUACACACCAUCGUUUCACUCAUUGCAUCACACCAAAUUUAGGUCUAAUUACUCACUCUUCAUGCCUAUAUAUGACUACAUUUAUGGCACCGUAGAUAAAUCCACAGAUGCUACAUAUGAAGCCUCAUUGAUGAGACCAAAGGAGUCACCAGAUGUGGUCCACUUAACACAUUUAACUACACUUAGUUCCAUCUAUCAAUUACGUUUAGGCUUUACUUCAUUAGCCUCCAAUCCUCAAACAUCUAAAUGGUACCUAUAUUUAAUGUGGCCCUUUACAAUGUGCUAUAUGCUUAUGACAUGGAUUAGUAGACGUGCUUUUGUCUUAGAAAGCAACACUUUCAAUGAUCUCAAGUUACAAUGUUGGCUUUUACCAAGAUUCAAAACACAAUAUUUUUCAAAAGGGCAGAAGCUAACAUGGAACAACUUGAUUGAAGAGACAAUUAUAGAAGCUGAGUUAAAUGGAGCAAAGGUGAUAAGUCUAGGACUUUUAAAUCAGAAACAUCAGCUGAAUGCACACUGUGAACUUUAUAUUCGAAGGUUCCCACAAUUGAAGAUAAAAGUUGUAGAUGGAAGUAGCCUAGCUGCUGCAACUGUGUUGAACAACAUUCCCAAAGGGACAAAUCAAGUGCUUCUUCGAGGCAAGUUCAAUAAGGUUGCGUUUGCCAUUGCUAAUGCUUUAUGCAAGAAAAAUGUGCAGGUGGUUGUAUUGUAUAAGGAUGAGCUUAAAGAGCUUGAACAAAGGGUCGUCACAAAAGGAAAUUUAGCUCUUUCACAAGUUAAUAUUCCAAAGAUAUGGUUAGUUGGGGAUGAAUGGGAUGAAGAUGAGCAAUUGAAAGCACCAGAAGGGUCAUUAUUCAUACCAUUUUCUCAUUUCCCUCCAAAGAAAAUGAGAAAAUGUUGCUUCUACCACUUUACACCAGCAAUGAUAACUCCUGCUACAUUCAUGAAUUCACACUCUUGUGAGAAUUGGCUUCCAAGAAGAGUUAUGAGUGCAUGGCGUAUUGCUGGAAUAAUUCAUGCCUUAGAAGGAUGGAAUGUUCAUGAAUGUGGUGACACUAUACUUAGCACUGAGAAAGUUUGGGAAGCAAGUAUUCGUCAUGGUUUCCAACCUCUAAAGAUUCUCACAAGCCAAGGGUGACUAAUCAAUGGGGUUUUCCUUCAAGUUUUAGCUGUGAAAGUUUCUUCCACAUCAACAAAAGGCAAUGGUUCACCCAUAGUUUUUGGUCUCUAAAAUUUACAUUUAUGCUAUUUAAGAUUUCAAAAUGUAUUAUUGAAAUAAUUACCGCUGAAAUGCACGAUUGUAAUUUUAUUUUAUAUGGAAGCUCUUAAUUUAUCAAUAUUAAUCAA